GCAUGGCCCAUGGAAAGGCCACAAAGAAGGCCAUUUAAGCCGAAAUCUUUUGUUCAUUGCAGCAGUCUGCACCUCCCUGAAAACUGUCGACUAGUUCGGCGCAAGGCAAAACCUCGGCGGUUACUUAAAGAAAGAGAACUCUGCCGUUAGGUCCGCCGCCACAACCGCCGCCUCCGUCGUAUUUGAUGGUGGAGAAAAAUGACUUUUCCACAAGAUUGGUAGGAAGCUGUCACACGUCUGACACCCUAAUAUCUAUUAACAUGUUUACGGCGUGGCCGAAAAACUAAUUCAUUACCUACUGCUUCCGAUACCAAUUUCUGUCGUACAAUGUUUCUCGAUUGUGCCAAGCCACCCGAACACAACGUCACAUAGUGCUCUUUUUAUAGAACUGUCCCCGGGAUAUUUUGCCGGUACUUUCACUAGAACGAUAGCAGCGAUUGGUCGCUUGCUGUAGCCGAGGUAGCGCGGCUACAAAGCCCAUGUUUUUAAUUUUUCUUCUGCUAAAACCGGAUGCUGAAGGUGACCAAUUUAUUUGUAUAGAAAAGUGCUUACAGAUAUAAAUUGCUCAACACGUACAAGAACUUUCAUUGAAAAUGGACCAAAAAAAAAAGAAAAAGUACGAACGAAAAUAACUCUAAAUUUACGUAAACUCAAAUACAUUCUGUGAUGAUGUUUUUAGAAAUCUGCACUUGGAUAUUAAAUUAACGACUUCUUAUUCAAUAAAUAAAAUAAAUCCAACAUAUGUAUGACAACGAAGUUUGAUUGCAAAUUUUAUAUGGCAUAACAAAAUUGAUGAAUCAUGAACUGCAUUUUUGCUGAUUGUUUUAGUUACUUAAUAUCAAUUAGAACAUUGGGCACAUCAUCCAACAUCUCAUACCAAUUAUCUCAAUAUGUUUGUUAUCUUUAUGAUAUUUAUGAACAAACCAAUUAUUUUAAUUAUGCUCAUGAAUGUUUGAAUGUUGCAACGUAAAAAAAUAAACCAAAGAAAAUGCGUUUCACUGACAGGAAUAAAUUUAAAAAUAUACCAUACGUGGCCAAAUUUUACUUUUAUCACUUUGCAGAAAACAUUAAACUGCUCGGUAAGGAACAUGCCCUGCUUCCCUUACACCCGUUUAACAAAAUGGAAAAAUCUGUCCCCUUAAUGAACACUACGAGAUGUUUACCAAACGGGACUUCCGAGAAGGGACUUCAAAUCCGUCCCGUACCACCGUGGCUUAUGCUGAAUGAAAGAGAACAUUAAACCAUGCUGUAGGCAUUUAAUAAUUUUUGAUAAUAUUAAACACAGCUCGUAAUAAACAUUUAUGUACGGACAUUACUGCGUGCCUGCAACCCUCUCCCUGCUUUAAUCUCCCGCUUCUACAGCUACAGCCCAACGACGACGCUCAGUCGUUUGCCAGACAACUCUGACGUUACUGGGCCAAUCGCAUGGACGAACUGCAUCGACUUUUACACAGCCGUGGGGUUUGGGAGGAAAGAAAGCAAUUCGGAAAGAAGCUGGUAAAAGAUGAAUAUGAAUUUUAAUGUACUCAUCAUAAGCGCCAGCACUUCGUACGAAUAAACGCGCCAGCUUAAUGAUCGUAAGCACAUUGUGUUAGCUGACGUCUACUUCACGGGAUCAUGUUGCCGCGGGGGGCAUCGUUGGAAGCCAUAGCAGCAUAGCACAACAAAGCCUCUUUACUUGUUCUGUCCUACACACAUGUAUAUAUCUUUUUUGCACAAACUUCUUCCAAGUCAAGUGAACUCGACGACAACGUCUAUUUGUUGUACAAGUGAUACGGCAAAACAUAUGACCUAACGUGUAGGUACGUGGAUAUUAAAAAUGUGCUGUUUCCACAUACCACAGUCCCUCCGCCCAAUACGCCCGUAAGGCGGAAUACAAUCAGGGCUCGGGCGAGGACGAAUGACACAACGCGACAGACACGCGGCACACUAGGUAGGCUGCCCGUCUUCCAAUGCCCGAAUGGUGCAGUUUCUGCGAAGGAAAAUUUUAAUAAGCGCCACUCGUAUAUUAUAAAUACCGAGAAAUAACCAUAUUAACAUGACAUUCCUUUCGUAUGCUAAUGUUAUGCUUUAUAGAUGAUGCACUCUUUCCGUACAGUUGCCGUGGCAGUGGCAGGCAUUGCCACCGCUAAGGUAUGUAUUUCAAAUACAAUUUCGGCGCCUCGGAAGAAGCCGUGAGCCUACGCGAGCCUCUGCGUACGACAUGGAAUCGGUGCCAACGGAUAAAUAGGAGUGUGGGGAUGCUACACGACGACCCUGUCACGGAUUUGUUCUUUGCUUAGGCAAGCAGUGCAACACUUCCAACAGUUAUUUCAUUUCUUUUCCAUAGAGCGCUGCGGGUUCCAACGCUUUGCAAGGGACGAGAAGUGCAAACAGGACGGGCUGAGAGGCUGUGGUCCAUUUUUCAUACCUCUCAAGUGGUGGACACACCGAAAUGCGGUGGAAAGGUUUUAGAGCUGAGACACUUCUUGGUUUUGCCUGUUGAACCUUACACUUCACUGAAGUGGAAGAUGUGAAGUAACACACCACUUGCUCGGUAGGUUUUCUUGGAUUUUUCUUUCCGUUCUGUUGAGCCUCCAACUGUGUCAUAUGACGCAUUUUAGGAUACGGGCGCCUUAAGGAUGUUAAUGCAACACUAGACAGCGAGUGUUGGAAGUUAUUGAAUAGCUUUUUUCCUUUCUAACUAGAGUGUUAUAUUUCAAGGGGUUUCAAUUUCAAGCAUACAUUUCAAUAACUUACAAAUGUUAGCUAGUACCUAAAUAACAUAAGUACAACUUGUAAGUAAUAAUAAUCGAUUUGAUUUCUGCGUGUGUUAAUCUAGAAGACCUUAGAAACCUAGAUCUUAGGAAGAUAAUACCUAACACAAUGAUAAAUGAUGCAUAGUCUAAUUCGUUGAUAUUCAUUGUAUAGCUUCCAAUUGAUUGAUACAGCAGUGAAAAAGUCUUUACUAAUAAUUCAAUACAAUUGUUUCUGGCUGCACAUUCUGGCGCAGAAUUCUAAUUAGCAUGCAACUAUCUUUGAAUGACCUCUACGGAUCGAUCCCUAAAUUGGAACAACAGUAUCGUCAGGUUCCAAGAAAAAUAUCUUCAAUUACAUGAGACACGCUUGUUCCAUCUUUUCCCAUAAAUAAGAACCUCUCAAGUGCUAGUUAACCCUCGCAUGAGGCACUCGCACAGUUCAAGUGCACCGACACGUUCAGCCUACACCAUUUCGCUGUACAUAAUGUUCUCUAGCUUCCAGUAAAGGACGAAUGCUGGGCAUAAUGACAGCGUUCCAGGAAUGAGCGAUGAGGACGGAUCUUCAAGCUUAAGUGGUCCGUAUCGGUAAUGCAUUUAGCGGCAUAAGCAUUAUACGGUUUUGGCUGCAGGGAUUGUGCAACAUGUUUGUAAACAGAUGCCUCCGUCUAGUGUUCUGCGCACAAAGUUCGAACGGCUAAAGAUUACGCCUGGUAAUGAUGAUCCUGCUGACAAUGACAAGCGCCGCAAACGCGUAUCACAUUUUAACACAAAAAGGGGCGUUAUGAAGAUGAUCGAGUUACGAGAGGUCGUUUUCAGAAAUGCGAUAGAGUGUUGUGAUCCUUCAGAAUGUCCGUGCACUUGGGAACACAUGUAAAUUGGUAUGAGUUUGUACAAAAGUUACAAACAAAAAUCUUAGCUUUUUUCAGCGCUUUAGCAUGCGUGUUGAUUAAGCAAAACCGAAUACUUUAAUCAAUGCCCAUUCAUGAUGCUCUCGUGAUAUGGUUUCAUUUGCAACCAAACCGAGUCGAAACAUUAUUUACGUGCUGCCACACAGUUCGCACCAAGAUCCCAGGAGUGCCGAGAUUUAAUGUCUUCAUAGAUGUAACCAGUUAACGCUGCACAAUCGCGAAGGGGUAGCUUUAUUUAUGUUUCAUUUAAAAACAUGUCACAGCAGCAUAUGCGUGCGUUUACACUUAAAUUAAGUUCGUGCGGUAUAAUAUAAACUAAAUUAAACAAAAUGUGGGUGUAAAUCCCCUUAAGUGCGCCAACUCCAGCUGUUACCCUUUUGCAUAGUACCGCGCACCUAUUAGGCGGCAGGCCGGGGCAGCAUCGUGUUGCGGUGGAAGAUACUUUACGAUCUUGGACGGAUUCCGGUACCAGCACACCCACCAUGCCAUUUCGCUUAAUUGCUCCAGGGUGCCUUAAAUUCACACGCACACGCUUGGCACAAAAGUUUCACACCAAACACCGAGGUGGUGUGUGGCAGAUGCUAAUGGUUUCACUCACUGUUGUUGCUGCUGCCGGUAGCAAGACGCUCCGUGGGUCUGAAGCCUGCUGGUUUAACCGGUACGGCGUUGAUAAGAUUCUCGGAGGCCUGUGGACCUGCAUUGACCGGACAGCAUCAUAUCAGUUCAAAGAUGCAGACGGCUUAUCAGCAAGCAUUGGCAAUCGGAAAUCGGCCUCGUUUCGUAACAUUGAUUUCAACAGCACUAUCAUCAUGGCCACUCUCUGGCCGGGAGUGUUGUUGAUGUCUACAAAACUAACGCUAGUUUGUAGAGUGAGUUCCGCUAGAGCACAGCAAAUUUAUUUCCGCAGCGCAGUGUACAGAAAUGAGUAAAUUAUUAAAAUUAGGGUUUCUUGGUGGAGGAAAGAUGGCUCAAGCUAUGGCUAAUGGUUUUAUUUCUGCUGGAUUGACACGAGGCGAAAGCAUGACGGCUAGUUUCCAUCCCUCUGACCACGCCAACAUAGAGGCGUUCAAAGCAUUUGGAGCCAAGACAUACGUCGAGAACCUGCCGGUGGUGAGCGGUUCCGAGAUCAUCUUCAUCUCCGUCAAACCCACAGUCGUCUCGAGCGUGCUGGAAGCCGUCCGUCCCGCUAGCGCUGGUAAACUAUUCAUAUCGAUCGCGAUGGGCGUUACUUUGCGGGAGCUAGAAAAUUCGCUGGAGUCGAAGGCGCGCGUGAUCCGCGUGAUGCCAAACACGCCUGCUCUGGUACGAGCCGGUGCUUCCGUGUACGUUCGCGGAUCGGCCGCCACAGAUGACGAUUGCAAGGUAACGCAGGCCCUUUUCCAGGCCGUGGGAACCUGCGAGGAGGUGUCGGAAGCUAUGAUGGAUCCCAUCACGGCACUAUCGGGCAGCGGACCAGCGUACGUGUUUGUAAUGAUUGAGGCAUUAGCUGACGGUGCGGUACGCAUGGGAUUGCCGAGAGAUUUGGCCUACCGGUUGGCAUCACAGACGGUGCUCGGAUCUGGCAAGCUGGUGCGCGAGACUGGACGCCACCCGGGACAGCUGAAGGACGACGUAACGAGUCCGGCCGGCUCGACGGCUGCCGGUCUAUCCCAUCUGGAGCAGAACGCCUUCCGACACGCUGUCAGCGGAGCCGUAGAAUCGGCCACAGUUCGAUGCCGUCAAAUUUCUAGCAAGUGACACCAACGGCAUCAAUCAUCACCGUUUGCAUCCUUUGCUCUCGAUGAGUCUCCACGGGAGCAGAACGAAAAGUGAUCCUUUAAAUACUUACCUAGUAGUUAUGUUUCUGUACAUUAAAAACAAUCGCGUCGAAAUAGCUCA